UGAUCCAGUUAUAUUUGACAUGGCGACAACAGACAGCACACAAGGUGUGGAUGACGUCAGGAGAGGAGCAGCAGGGGGUUCUGCCAACAGUGUUCUCACCUGGCAAGGAGAGAGACGUGAGGAGUUCGGGGAAGAGUCCAGCGGGCGAGACAAAGGUGUGAGGGUUUACAGGUGUGAGGAGUGCAGCAAGCAGUUCAAGCAUCUAUGUCGUCUAAAGACUCACAUGCGGACUCACACAGGUGAGAAACCCUACAGGUGUGAAGAGUGUAGCAGGCAGUUUAGUCGGCGGGAAAAUCUAAAGAAACAUAUACGGACUCACACAGGGGAGAAACCGUACAAGUGUGAGAAGUGCAGCAAGCAGUUCAAUGAGCUCGGUCAUCUGAAGUCUCACAUGCGCACUCACACAGGAGAAAAACCCUUCACAUGUGAGGAGUGCAGCAAGCAGUUCGUCGAGCUUAGUAAUCUGAAAACUCACAUGCGCACUCACACAGGUGAGAAACCCUACAAGUGUGAAGAGUGCAGCAGGCAGUUCAAUAUGCCUAGUCAUCUAAAGGAACACAUUCGGACCCACACUGGAGAGAAACCCUACAGAUGUGAGGAGUGCGGCAUGCAGUUCAGUACGCUGGGUAAUCUGAAGAGACACAUGCGGACUCACACAGGGGAGAAACCCUACAGAUGUGAGGAGUGCAGCAGGCAGUUCAGUCGGCUGGAUGAUCUGAAGACUCACAUGCGGACUCACACAGGGGAGAAACUGUACAGGUGUGAGGAGUGUAGCAGGCAGUUCAGUGAGCUGAGUGAUCUGCAUAGACACAUGCGGACUCACACAGGGGAGAAACCCUACAAGUGUGAGGAGUGCAGCAGGCAGUUCCGUACGCUGGGUCAUCUUAACGUACAUAUGCGAACUCACACAGGUGAAAAACCUUACAGGUGUGAGGAAUGCAGCAAGCAGUUCGGGCAGCUUAGUAAUCUGAAGUCUCACAUGCGGACUCACACAGGGGAGAAACCGUUCAAGUGUGAGGAGUGCAGCAGGCAGUUCAGUCGGCUGGGCGAUCUGAAGUCUCACAUGCGCACUCACACAGGUGAGAAACCGUACAGAUGUGAGGAGUGCAGCAGGCAGUUCAGUAAACUGAGUAAUCUGAAGGUGCACAUGAAAACCCACAGGAAACAAACCAAGCUGUAUUUUCGCGCGGGAUGUUGUGGUCUUGCGCUGCUGGUCGACGUGGGCACCAUCCGGAUCCGCAGAAAGCGGGAGUGUAGGUGCUCGGAAUCCCUUCCCCAGCGAAAACCGUUACGGUUCUGUAGGAUCCUGUACUGGUUGUCGUACAACAUGACAGACGACAUUGCUCCUGAUAUUUUUGACAUGGCGACAAAAGACAGCGCACAAGGUGUGGAUGACGUCAUGAGAGGAGCAGCAGGGGGUUCUGCUAACAGUGUUCUCACCUGCCAAAGGGACAGACGUGAGGAGUUCGGGAAAGGGUCCAGCGAGCGAGGCAAAGGUGUGAGGGUGUACAGGUGUGAGGAGUGCAGCAGGCAGUUCAGUCAGCUGAGUAAUCUGAAGAGACACAUGCGGACUCACACAGGGGAGAAACCCUACAAGUGUGAGGAGUGUAGCAGCCAGUUCAGUCAGCUGGGUCAUCUGAAGUCACACAUGCGGACUCACACAGGUGAGAAACCCUACAAGUGUGAGGAGUGCAGCAGGCAAUUCAAUGAGCUUGGCAGUCUGAAUAGACACAUGCGGACUCACACAGGGGAGAAGCCUUACAGAUGUGAGGAGUGUAGCAGGCGGUUCAGUCAGCUAGGGAAUCUGAAGGAGUACAAGCAGACUCAUACAGGGGAGAAACCAUACAAGUGUGAGGAGUGCAGCAAGAAGUUUAGUUGGCUAGGUAAUUUAAAUGAGCACAAGCUGACUCAUACAGGGGAGAAGCCCUACAGGUGUGAAGAAUGCAGCAGGCAGUUCAGUCAGCUGAGUAAUCUGAAGAGACACAUGCGGACUCACACAGGGGAGAAACCCUACAAGUGUGAGGAGUGUAGUAAGCAGUUCAGUCAGCUGAGUGAUCUGAAGACUCAUAUGCGGACUCAUACAGGGGAGAAA